UUGGAUCGUACCAAAAUUGAAGAACUCCCAAACAAUAUCUGCAUGCUGAGUUCUCUCAAAAAUCUAAGUCUCAGGCAGUGUUCAUCACUCAAAAGCCUGCCUGAGUCAAUCGGUGAUCUAAAGUCUCUGGUUACGCUUUACUUGGAUGAUACCAAAAUUGAAGAACUCCCAAACAAUAUCUGCAUGCUGAGUUCUCUCAAAAAUCUAAGACUCUAUUAUUGCUCAUCACUCAAAAGCCUGCCUGAGUCAAUCGGUGAUCUAAAGUCUCUGGUUACGCUUUACUUGGAUGAUACCAAAAUUGAAGAACUCCCAAACAAUAUCUGCAUGUUGAGUUCUCUCGAAGUUCUAAGUCUCAGCCAGUGUUCAUCACUCAAAAGCUUGCCUGAGUCAAUCGGUGAUCUAAAGUCUCUGGUUAAGCUUCACUUGGAUCGUACCAAAAUUGAAGAAUUCCCAAACAAUAUAUGCAUGCUGAGUUCUCUCAAAGAUCUAAGUCUCAGGCAGUGUUCAUCACUCAAAAGCCUGCCUGAGUCAAUCGGUGAUCUAAAGUCUCUGGUUACGCUUGACUUGGAUGGUACCAAAAUUGAAGAACUCCCAAACAAUAUAUGCAUGCUGAGUUCUCUCAAAGAUCUAAGUCUCAGGCAGUGUUCAUCACUCAAAAGCCUGCCUGAGUCAAUCGGUGAUCUAAAGUCUCUGGUUACGCUUGACUUGGAUGGUACCAAAAUUGAAGAAUUCCCAAACAAUAUAUGCAUGCUGAGUUCUCUCAAAGAUCUAACUCUCAAGCGGUGUUCAUCACAAAAAAACUUGCCUGAGUCAAUCGGUGAUCUAAAGUCUCUGGUUACGCUUGACUUGGAUGGUACCAAAAUUGAAGAACUCCCAAACAAUAUAUGCAUGUUGAGCUCUCUCAAAGAUCUAAGUCUCAGCCAGUGUUCAUCACUCAAAAGCUUGCCUGAGUCAAUCGGUGAUCUAAAGUCUCUGGUUACGCUUGACUUGGAUGGUACCAAAUUUGAAGAACUCCCAAACAUCAUCUGGAUGUUGAGUUCUCUCAAAGUUCUAAGUCUCAAGGGGUGUUCAUCACUCAAAAGCUUGCCUGAGUCAAUCGGUGAUCUAAAGUCUCUGGUUUGGCUUUACUUGGAUGGUACCAAAAUUGAAGAACUCCCAAACAAUAUCUGCAUGCUGAGUUCUCUCAAAGAUCUAAGUCUCAGCCAGUGUUCAUCACUCAAAAGCUUGCCUGAGUCAAUCGGUGAUCUAAAGUCUCUGGUUUGGCUUUACUUGGAUGGUACCAAAAUUGAAGAACUCCCAAACAAUAUCUGCAUGCUGAGUUCUCUCAAUGAUCUAAGUCUCAGCCAGUGUUCAUCACUCAAAAGCUUGCCUGAGUCAAUCGGUGAUCUAAAGUCUCUGGUUACGCUUGACUUGGAUGGUACCAAAAUUGAAGAACUCCCAAACAAUAUAUGCAUGCUGAGUUCUCUAAAAACACUUAAUCUUUGUGGAUUGGAGUCACUAAAUGAGUUGCCUAAGCCAAUUAGUAAUCUUGAAUCUUUGGGUGAACUUUAUUUGAGCGGGACACAUAUUAAAGAACUGCCUAAUGAUUUUGGAUGUUUGGAGCAACUUGAGCUAUUAAGUGUUAAGGAUUGCCAUAACCUAGUCAAGUUACCAAUAUUUGAGGGGAGACCAAGCCGUUUGCGUCGCAUUAACCUGAUAGGAACCAGUGUUUUACCAUCAUCAUAUGAUUCUCUAGUAACGCUCCACAGUUUAGAGGAGCUAAAAAUAGGGAACAAGCUUGAAACCUCUCUCCCACCCUGGAUUAGUGGUCUUCAAUCGCUUGAAAGGCUCAAAUUACGAGGAUACACGAGGCUCGAGUCACUCCCGGAUUUGUCAAGCCUGACUAAUUUGAAGAAAUUAACACUUCGUAAUUGUGAAAAGUUGAAUGAUAUUGGAGGCAUCAAGGGAAUAAAGUCUUUGAAAGAGCUGUACAUGGAAAACUGCUACACCAUAACAAAUGCUAGAAGGAAGAUAUUUGGGCAGGGAACACUUUUAGUGGAUGAUGUUGGGUUACAAACAAGUGAAUAUUCGUUGAAUGUUGAUGAUGUUGAUGAUGUUGAUGAUGGGGUAUGUAAGGGGUUAAUUCUGUGUAUUGUUUUUGCAUUCACCCAGCCCAAUCAGGAACAAGAGGAGGUAUGCCAAGAGGGUGAGCUACUGAACGACUUUCAGUUAAUUCUUAAGGCUCAUAUCCAUCGAAAACAUGGAAGCUAUUUCGAUUGUACCAUUUGGUUGCCGAUGAAGGGUGUUAAAUUUACUACUGAGCGAGAUUCAAUAUACAUUCACCAUUUCAAAGGGUCUGACUUGUUUGGGAUUCCGUUGGAAGGAACAAAUGCAAUUGAGAUAUACUAUGUUGGGAAUGCUAUGUAUUGGCCCAAUUUUGAUGUGAAAUUCUGGAAGGUCUUAUCAUUGAAAGGCAGGGAAUGGGACGAGCAGGAAAUGCCUAAUAAGCAAUUAGACUGUAGUGAGGUGAGGAGGAUGGUAGCAGAUUUCUUCAAAUGGACGUCACACGACGAAGAUGCUGGAACUGGAUCAUCUCUCUCUGGUGAGGAUGCUCGAGGAGAGAUGUGGAAGAUGGUUGUCUCCAAAUCUUCUUCAGAUGGUGAUGAUGAUAAUGAAUCUUCUUCAUAUGAUGAUUGUGAAACUUCUUCAUUUCCUGAUGAUGAUGAUGAAUCUUUAUAUGACGAUUGUGAAUCUUCAUUUCUUGAUGAUGAUGGAUCUCUAUUUGCCCUUAAUUAAAGAAGUGAGAGAGACCAAUAAAAUGAUACGCAGCACACAUGGCUUUGCCUGGAAACAAGGAGUGGAGUUUUAUCUACAGAAAAUACAGAUGGGAGUGAACCAACAGAGUGGAAUGGAGGUGUCUGACUUUCAGUUGGUGAGAAGUUCUAAUGAAGUAGAAUCAAGCAGUGCAUGUCUUGGCUGUGAAAUUGACGAUCUUGGGCUGGAAAAUGGUGACAUGGGAGUUCAAUUCAUCUAGAUUUUGUAAGGGCCUUCAAGGUUCAGAGAAGUCAAAUUCCAAUGGUAUGAAGUAGUAUUCCUGUGAAAAUUUUGAUAAAGUUAAAGAUGGGUUGUAAUAAAUGUCAAAAAUUAUUGUGACAUUUAAUUUCCUCAGGAGGUCAUGCUCUUCUUGUCAAGUUAAAAUUGAAUCAAUGCAGAAGAUGAUACAGUCAAGACUCAACAAUCUGUGGUGUAUGUUUUAGUUCUCUGUUGAAGAGCACCUUAAUCUCAAUUUGAUGAACUGCCUGCUAAGCUCAAGAACAAGCUCAUCUUUGUUGCCAAUGCAAAGCAGGGAUUAUGGACCGUCCAGAAUAUGUGGCCUCCCUCAUAUUCCUCUUCCGCAAUGUACUUGCUAUCUUCACUAGCUUCUACCUCUACAACGACACUAUUCAAAGAAGGAACAGGACAAACAGGUUCAGGUUAAUUGGUCCAGGAACUGUCAUCAACGACAGUUUCUAACUUUUUAUCGCAUUGAUGUUAUAGGUGGCUGCAGCUGCUGCUGUCUGCGUGGAAUGAAAAGCGAAAACUUGUUGUGUUAAGUCCCGGGUUCUAAUUCAAAAAAUAUGGAAACGACGGAGAAUUGUUUUUAGCACCAUAAGAAAGGCAUGUACUUGAUGUGAUUAAGAGGUUUUGUUUUGUUUUGUUUUUUUUUAAUGUGGUUCAUGCACAAUUGGGUUGGCAAUCUGAGCUAAGUGGGUUUUAAGUUUUAUUUAUUGAAACAGUAUAUUUUUCA